CCUGGGAGCGCAAUGAAGGAGCCCUUGUGAGCGCGAGGGGUCUGCCCAGCAGCGACGUCGGUGGCUGCUGAGGCAGCGGCGGCGGCAGCGGCGGCAGGAGCAGCAGGAGGAAGGAGAGCAGCUUUCCCAUCGCAGCCACAGGCUCGGGGAGGCAGCGGCGGAGGAGAAGGAGAAGGAGGACGAGGACGGGGAGGAGAGGAACGUGGCAGGCAGGGCAGCCGGGCGCCGAUCGCACUUCCCCACCAACUCCGGCCCCUUCCCUUCCGAAGCCCGGCUCGGAGCUGGGGAGCGCCGGACGGGGGAGAGGCUGAGAGAAGGGGAGCCAGCUCUUCCGAGCGGCCGGCCGGCAGCCCGGCAGACACCGCCCCCACCCCUCCGGGCUCGUCCUCCUCUCCAUCCUCCGCAGCCCCUGGUGCGCCCCGGCUCCCGGGCUCCUGCGCCCCGGGCGCGCCAUCCCCGCGUCGGCCAGCCCGCGUCCCGGACAAAGCCAUGAAGCCAACCCUGUUCGAAGUGAUGAGGAUGAGUCGAAUUUGCAGGAUGGCUCUGGUCACUUGCUUGGGAUCCUUUAUCCUAGUCAUCUUCUAUUUCCAAAGUAUGUUGCAUCCAGUCAUGCGGAGGAAUCCCUUUGGAAUGGACAUCUGUUGUCGGAAGGGCUCUAGGAGUCCACUUCAGGAACUCUACAACCCAACUCAGCUGGAGCUCUCCAACACGGCCAUUCUGCACCAGAUGCGGCGGGACCAAGUCACGGACACGUGUCGGGCCACCAGCGUGACCAGCAGGAAGAGGCGGGUCCUGACUCCCAACGACCUCAAGCACCUGGUGGUGGACGAGGACCACGAGUUGAUCUAUUGCUACGUCCCCAAAGUGGCCUGCACAAACUGGAAGCGGGUCAUGAUGGUCCUGACGGGAAGGGGCAAAUACAGCGACCCCAUGGAGAUCCCCGCCAACGAAGCCCACGUGUCGGCCAACCUGAAGACCCUCAACCAGUACAGCAUCCCAGAAAUCAACCACCGCUUGAAAAACUACAUGAAGUUCCUGUUCGUCCGCGAGCCCUUCGAGAGGCUGGUGUCGGCCUACAGGAACAAGUUCACGCAGAAGUACAACACCUCCUUCCACAAGCGCUACGGGACCAAGAUCGUCAAGCGGCAGAGGAAGAACGCCACGCAGGAGGCGCUGCGCAAGGGCGACGACGUCAAGUUCGAGGAGUUCGUGGCGUACCUCAUCGACCCGCUCACCCAAAGAGAGGAGCCCUUCAACGAGCACUGGCAGACGGUGUACUCCCUCUGCCAUCCCUGCCACAUCCAUUACGACCUCGUCGGCAAGUACGAGACUCUCGAAGACGAUUCCAAUUACGUGCUGCAGCUGGCGGGAGUCGGCAGCUACCUGAAGUUCCCCACCUAUGCAAAGUCUACGAAAACUACUGACGAAAUGACCACAGAGUUCUUUCAGAACAUCAGCAUGGAGCACCAAACGCAGCUCUAUGACGUCUACAAACUGGAUUUUUUAAUGUUCAAUUACUCAGUGCCAAGCUACCUGAAACUGGAGUGAAGAGGGGGGGAAGAGAGAAUCGUGCUUGUUUUUAUUUAAGAUUUUUAUUUGUCGAGAUAAAUAUAUGGAUAUUGGGUUAUUUUGUAAAUUAAUAUUUCUUUGGGGAUAGUGCUGCGAGCAGCACGGUUGGAAUUAUUAAAAAAAAAAAAUCCUCCUGGAGGGAAGGACAGCUCUCUUUGCGGGGUAACAAGAUGGCGGUGUCCUUGUUCUGGAAAUGAGUACUGCAAACACUGUUUUUCAAAGGUCUGAUUGUGUCCUGGUGAAUUUCAUUUAAUCAUUGCAUUACAUAAAUUCUAAUUAGGGUUAUUUAUAGUUAUUUAAACGUGGUCUCGGGCUAGAUUUCACUUUAGAGACAGCAGAAUCUUCACGUCUUGACAAAAGACGUCUGUUCUUCCUAGUUCCUUUGAUCCUAAGGGCUCGGCCCUGGGCACUGAGCGUUCUCUGUAUUAACCAUUAGCAGAGACCGGACCUCCCGGCAAUUAUGACUUUUAUUGGUAACACCAUUUUGCAAAUUUUAGUAGAAAUUAAAAAUAUCACUAGUGGACUCGGGAAAGAGGCGAUUGCUCUCACAGCUCUGCAAAGGACAGAUUCUAGAAUAAGCUUUCAUCAGCGUGGAGGUCCCUUGGCUUGAAUGAAAUGUGAAUAAUAUUUGUGACCCGAAGAGGAGGUGAUUACGUUGUCACAUCUUACCUGAACAGCUAGCAGGACAGACUAGAACCUGGGUUUACAUCUAAGCUAUGGAAAAGGCUGACCUCUUCUGGGUAUUUCUGCCUGCUGCUUGAUGUGGCUCAGUGGUAUAAAAAGCCCCAGAUGCAUAGAUAGCUCUAUCUAUAUACCUAAUAUACCUAUAUGUAAUAUAGGUAUAUAGAUAUAGAUUUUUUGCUGAGGCAAUUGGGGUUAAGUGACUUGCCCAAGGUCACACAGCUAGGAAGUUUUAAGUGUCUGAGAACAGAUUUGAACUUGGGUCCUCCCGACUUCAGGGCUGAUGCUCUAUCCACUGUGCCACCUAGCUGUCCCUGGCAUAGAUAUUCUUGAAGACACACACUCAAAGUUAAGACAUAGUCCAAACUACCAUAGCCUCCAUACACUUAUCUGAAUCCACAACAAAACAUUCCAGAAUCUUUACUUACAUUGAAAUACUUCAUGACCCAUUUUUCUCCAGGGACAUGAUCACUUCUCAUUUUCCUAAUUUUCACCAGUUCACAUGACACUUGAGUGAUGUGUAAGACACGUCCCUUUCCAUAUGUGGGCGAUUAAUUUUGGUCGCCGGUGUUGAUUAUCCUGUAUAUAAUAAUAUACUAAGAGUUUGGGGUUGGUUGUGGGUUUGGUGCAUUUUUUUCUGUUGUUUGUUUUGUUUUGAGAGAGUAUAUAGUCGAGGGAUGAGAAGAUUGUUCUAAUUAAAAAAAAAGGUUAAUUUAUUCACAGAAACUAUUAAAAAUGUAUUAUAAAACUCCCAGCCAGCUCAGUGAACAGGAGUAGCAACAUCUCAAAAUGUUGGACUUAUUCUUAUUUAAUGUUGAGUGAGCUAUCCACCUGAGAUGGGGUUAAAAUGCUAUUUAUAAAACAUUAUGGAUCUUCUCCCAAGCUUUCAACUCCUAGAGAGAUGGCCCAGUAAAUAAAUUCUAGAGAGAAAGAGGCGAGGGAGGGGAGAGAGCCUGAGAAAAAGUCUAUUUACUAGGCAUGUUAGCCUUGAGCUAUAAGCUGAUUAAAUAGAAAAACCUUGCUCCAGAAUCAUUCAGAAUUUCUUAAGCAUCUCUUUAGUGUGAAACACUGGGCAUAUCAAAACAGAAAUUUCAAAGUAUCCUCUAACCCCAAGGAGUUUGGAUUCUUCUGAAGAGAGAAAAGGGAACAAAUGCUUCCCAACUUCUCGUGGCCCCAUGACAUAACCUCGAUUGUCAGCUAAGGCUGGAGAAUCAGAGGAUGUCGGCUUUUCAAGGGGAAGAAAGCAGGAAUUAUAAUUAUUUUUAAAAUUCAGUUUUCAAUCCAGACCCCCCACAAUUCAAGUGAGAUUAAACUUUUAAAAGUGCAAUGGCCUCAGAGCCCCACUACCUCUAUUACAAUCAUUUCUCCCAUCCUAAAGCAUAUGGAAUUUAUGUAAGCAUCAGGAUAGUAAGGAAAUAGCUAGAGUGCAGGGCUGGACUCGAGUCAGGAGACUGUUGACGUCUAGCUUUUGUCGACGGACCAGUGGCUUGACUGCCCACCCAAGUCUUACUUGAAAGUCAUUGAUCGUGUGAGAGUUAUCUAAAUCCUGGGCAAGUUUCCAGCAUGACACACACCCCCAUUCCCUCGUCCUGCUUCAAUACCAUCACUGUGUAGUGGGUAGAGAUUUGCUGUUUUUGUUUGGCAUUGAGAAUGAAGUUCAUGUCUAUUCAUGAGUUUCCCCAUUUCCCCAAGACACUCCUGAUUGGUUUUUUGUGAUUGCUCGGUGGUAAACUUGCUCCCUGGAUCAGCUGUCUUCUCUCCAUUUCUCUGGGUCAGGAGCACCUUUUCAAGGAGAGAACACCCCAGUACAUUUUUUUGAAUGUUAUCUUCCUGCUAGUGUUUUAUUUUACUUUUAACACGUUCUUUCCUUUUUUUUAAGGGUUUAAUUUGUUUGUGUGUGUGUAUUUGAUCUGAUUCUAUUGUGACACGGAAGAAAAAAAAAUGUUUUCAUGCUUGUGGUUAAAAAAAUCCUUGGUGAAAAUUGUAUUUGGAAAAAUCAGAUGGUCAUUUUGAAGGAAAAUGGACAGAAUGGGCUUUGGGGGGUUGAUUUCAAGGCUUUUCAAGGAUGUGCAUUAUUUCUGAGAUGAGGACAGGCAAGCUCUCCAUCCCCUAGGUGCCUUUCAAAAGCCUUGCUCUGUGACUUAACAAUGGAGGGAAUUCAAAAGGAUGGUUCAUGAUGAACAUUCCCCAUUCUGACUCACCAGCAUUCUCCCGUCAAAACAUUAUUUUGUUAUCUAGGGCGUUUGCUUCCCUGCAGGAGAUAGCCCCUUCCCUAGCAUCUCUUAGACAUCCCAGUGAGUUUCAGAAAAAAGCAAAGAGCCAAUCAAACUGCAGCUUCUGAGAGGACCAAGUGGGGCAGUCCAAUGCCCUGUUCUUAGAUCAGAGCUUAGCUGGGGGUUAGUUUCCCAUAAUCUGAACCUGGAUGCCAGCAUAUACACGGGGGCAUUAGUCAAUGGGAACAUUGGAACCAAGAUGGUAGACAGUUGUGAGCAAAUCAUAGGACCGUAUCAUAGAUUUUGGAAAAAGAAGGGACCUCAGAACUCGAGUUUUGUACAGAAGGGAAAACUGAGGCGCAAGGGGGAUAUGACUUGCUAUAGCCACAUAACUAGUAAGUGUCGAAGUGGGAACUGGAGCCAAAUCUCCUCCACUCCAAGUCUGUUCCACCACACUGCCUCCCUUCAUCAACCAGAUAAUAAGGGAAGCACAUGUUUCCUUGACCAUUCAACUCAACUGAAGAGUUCUAGGGGCCUGAAAAUAAAAGCCACAGAGAGGGCCCUUAAUACCCUCAUCAGAAGAGAGUAGAAGACAGAUCUCCUGUAAUAAUCACAAAGCAGAACAAUCCCAACCGAGGUAGCAGACCCAGACAAUCUAAUCCACAGAUACAGUGCAAGCCGGGGGCCUGCCUCCUCUCCCCCCUUCUCUUGCAAUGCUCAUCCAUGAAUUUUCCAUCAGACUCUAAACUGUCCAUUCCAAGGCAACCCAAGUAACUGGAAACAGCCCGUCUACUAUUUGCACAGUCUGUUUGCCCUCCGGCCCUUUUCAGAAAGCUAUUUACCCACGUCUUGCCCACUUUGACCCUGAGUGAGGUUAUCCCCAGGGAGCAGGAGCUCAGAGUUCCCCAGCCCGCUGCCGUCACCAGGCAGAUCUGUCGCGUGCUGCUCUCUUUUCAGGUACAAAAGGGAUUGCUGGUACUCCUACUCUUGUUCCAGAGAGUGUUAUUUUCUUACGUGCAUGCACAAGAUAGAAGACUAUGUUCAUAUAAUUUAACAUCUAUGUGGGGUAGGAUUUUUUUUUUACCUAUUUGUAUGCAGUAGAAGGCUUGUUGUAGAGAACUCUCCUCUGUAUCUUAACUGUACUGUUCAAGAAAGAAGUCGAAUUUUCCAUUGCCAACAGACGCGUGAAAUGUUCAUGAACCUUCCUCAGAAAACAAAACAAAGAAAAGCCAUUCAAGCCUGAUUAUUUUUCUAAGUAACUUCAAUUAAAUUGAAGAAAGAAAGA